AAAAACUAAACAAACAAACAAACAAACAUUGACCAUAAUUGCUUUUGCUGAUGGUCGUUAAUUACUUCCUGAUGAAGCCUCUGACUGAACACACUCUGUUCCCCUUCAAUGAAUUGAAGUAGUUGCGGAAAUGCUACAUUAACAGGCUAUAUUCGCCUUAAAGCUCGGUUACACUACUGUUAGUUGUGUUUAUUUAGCUCUUCCUACCAAAUUAGGAAUAAUUUGUCCAGUGUUUGAUUGUUCUGUCAUUAAGAGUGCCUCGGGCCCGUGUUCUCGGUGUGCGAUUAGUAAUGUCUGGCUCUUGUUUUCAUGGGAAGACUGAGAGCCUGCAAUAGACCGUGAAUGGGGAGUUCAUUUCACGUACGGGAGUUGUUGGAAAUGAUCCUGAAGGAGCACAGUGAUCCUCGUUGGAUCUGGGUCAGUUUUAUCUAUGAAGAAGAAAUCAAUGACUAAUUAUGCGUUGUCUCUAAACGCAUCUCCUGUGUCAACCGCAGCUUACAUAAAGCUUCAUGUCAGCGUGUCGUGGUUGAACGAAUUCCAAAUGGACGAAUCGUUCCCACGUCGCCCAUCAAACACAGCGGCUCCCGUCAAAGCUGCUGGAGUCCCACACUGAGAGGAGAGGUGAGCUGCCAGUCAGCCAGGAGCAGCUCCUUGUUGCCAUGGACGCCUGUGCUCGCAUCAGAGGAGUCCCAGUAAGGUCCAGGGCCUCCGUCCGGAAAGAGACGGUGCGUGAUGGUGAGGCACAGUCUGCCAAGAGCCUCUUCAGGAAUAAAAAGGAGCUAUGCGGCAUUUGCCUGGAGCUGCCAAUCAGAGACGCCACAAGACUGACAGAGAUUCAUUUUGUGUGCCUGCCUGGACAGUGUGAAGGGGAUGAUGUCACGCAGCAGGCUCUGUCAUCUCUACCGGGCAGCCUGUGCGAACUUCUCCGGUCUCUCCAUGUUCACAGCCUAAAGAAUGACGAGGUUCUGCUGCUCAAAGACUCCCGUCGGCUGCCCGAGCACAGGGACGCGGCGCCUCAGUGUUUGCUAAAGGCUGUGUGUGUGUUGAGGCACAAUCCCAGCACGAGCGUCUACCCUCAGGCCAGUAUAGCAUCUUUGUUGGGCUUGGUGGGAUGCUACAUGGCAGGGGUCCGCUACGUGCUGGAGCUCCAGGCUCUUCAGAGGGGUGCAGUGGAGAGCAGCCAGCCAGAGGAAGACGACACCAACCAGUCAGUCUCAUCAAUCGAGGAUGACUUUGUCACAGCCCUGGAGCAUCUGGAGGAGGAAGACACUGGAGACAUUCCUUCCGCCACUCCUUAUUGCCAUUUCAAAAAGCGUGAUGUGGCUUCCCAGACAGUCCCAUUCCACAAGAGGAAAAAAGAGUUGUCCGGGUCCUGCGUUAUCAUGAGCUCAUCCUCCAAGAAGCAUUCAGCCAAACACAAGUCAGGCCCAGACGUGUCUGUUACAGUGCAGAGGUCAUCUUCAGGUGUUGAUUCCCAGUGGACCUACUGCAGUCCUGGUGCUCGUCUGCCCUCCCCUUCAGUCAACAUCAGUGAGUCUGAAGAAUCCGACUGUUCCAGCCCCAGCCCAAUCAUUUUCCUGGAUGAAGUAGGCUACCAAAAGAGCCUGCUGGCCAAGUUGGACAUCCCCCAGGUGCCCGGGGGGCCCAGAGAGCGAGUUGAAGACUCAGACUCUGAAGUCAGUGAAUUCUUUGACAGCUUUGACCAGUUUGAUGACCUGGAGGAGCUGAGCUCAGAGAGCUGCACUCUGAUUCUCCCUCUGGACCCCACCUCGACCACACACAAGUCUGCUGAGGCCAAGACCAGUGGGUCGGCAUCCAAGUAUGUUUCCAGGGGCUGCUCAACUAAGGGCAUGAAUCCCCACCGCUUCGACCAGCCCACACUCCCAGCCAAUGUGAAAAAACCCACUCCUUUGAAACCAGGCUCUCCGUACUCUAUUCACUCCGAGGUGCCCGACUCCCCUCGAAUGGUGCAGACUCCUUCGGAGGAGAAUGGUGGCCCGCUUUUCAGUCCGGUCAGCUCCUCUGCUUUUAGUCCUCUGGUUGACUCGAGCGGGCCGAUGGAGUUUUUCUGGAGGACCGAUGAGGAUGGGCAGGACAGCUCAGAGCUGCGUAAACCGCAAGAUCUCUGCUCCCUGUAUAAGACCUACUCGGACUUCGCCAGCAAUCUGUCCAAAGAGAUUUUGGGAUCCGUCUGCGGAUACCAGUCAGCCGUUGACAUCAACGAGAACAAGAAUCUCAGCUGUGUCUGCCACAAGGAGUUUGAGAACCCUUCAGGCUACCUGAUGAAGCUCUCAGACAUCCAGGAAACGGUAACAGUGGCGAAGCUCCAGAAAAAGUCCCAGUCUCUGAAGGAUGGCAUUCAGAGGUUCGCCUCCGACCUGGUGGAGAUGAGCCUGGGAAGCGCACUGCGAGACCUUCAGAAAGGUGUCUCCUCCUGUACCACCACUCUGUGUCACUUGGCUGCCAGACUAACCUCCUCAGUUUUCCAGAUGGCCUUCCAUGAAAUUGGCAUGCGUCAUGCCUAUGUGCUGAAGGAACGAGCUAUUAAUGGACUAGCCGGCUUCCUUGUCGGGGAAGCUGUUUCCGGGGCCCUGAAAGACUUCCUCACAGUGAAAAAGCAGAUUUUCCACAGCACAGUGACGCGGUUUGCUGCUGAUCUGGCCGAAGAGCUGGUGUUUGAGGGCAUAAUGGAAGUGUGUCAGUUCUCCCAUCCCUCAACGCCUCUCACGCCAAGUGAUUGGUCAUUUGGCCACAGGCAAGAAGAAGAGGAGGAGGAGGAGGUAGUGGUGUCCUCCUAUGCUUCAGACCUCUCUGAGUCUGUAAUCCAGGAGGCUUUCAUAGAGCUGUCUCAGGCCGAUGUCACUUUCACGAGCCAAGCGGCAAUUAGUGUGUCACUCGACAACAUCUGCUAUGUCAAUGCAGAAAACACAGGCACCGGCACAUGCAGCACCUUUACGAACCAGCAGGUUUUAAGCGCAAGCUCUAUUGCAGCAGCUGCAAGACCAUCAGGUGAGGAUGCCAGCUGCACGGUGAAGAAUGCUCUGUUCACUGUAUCGGGCAUGGCCAGCUGCAUUCCCGUUCCUCAAGCGGGCCAGGCCCUCUCCCAUUUACCGGAAACGGAGGAGACCUGUCCACAAAAAGCGCCGUCGGAGGCCAGCCCAAAAACGGUUUCACCCCCUGAGGCUGCCGCCUCUUCACACAUUCACUCCUCUGGGCAUGGUGGUCAUACGUCCAUAACUGGAGGAGACCCCUGCCAGCAGAAGUCUCCCUUCCAAAACUUCUCUGGCAACAUGGUGGAUAUGAUAGUAACGGAGGCCUGUGAGCUUAUAAUUGCUUCCAAGAUGACAAAGAGUUUUGGCGACUGUGCUGAUUUCCUAACAAAGACAAUUGGAAGCCCAAGGGACUCUGCCUCAAAGCAGGAUACCCCAGAUUCUCCUUCAAAGCCGGGAGCUGACGUUCAUCCCAUUUCCUUUCAAAGCGGCUCUUCAAACCAGAGGAGAGUCUGUUGUGAGAUGGAUCCCAGGAGGAGAGGUGUGGCUGGAACUCAUCCGGUAAUGAUGGAUACUCUUGAGGUGCCAGGAACCACUGUGGGUGGACAAAGCAGGAUAUCCGUACCCGCGGAUGACUCAACCCCAAGCCCGGGCCAAAAGUCUGGUGGCACUCCUGGUACUCCUCCCUCCACCCCUCAACAGCCCAGCGAGGUCUCCAAAGAGAGGCAAAUAAAGCAAUUCUCCAAGAAGCUGAAGAGCAAGCUGGCAAAGGAGUUUUCUCCAGCAACCCCUCCUCCCAGCCCCCACUAUCAGCCCGAGCCAGGCCCUGGCCCACAGGGCAGCAUCCCGGAGGAAGAAAAAGCUGAGUUCAUGCUCAACCUGAUGAGGUCUCUCUCCGAGGAGGCAGAUGCCACAGAGGACGGGGUGGAGGAAUCAGCAGAAGAGGGAGCUAUAAUUGGCACUGGCAUCUGUCCCGAUUCCGAAGGUGACCGACAUGACCCGAAACGCGCAUCCUCUCGUAGAAUGUCCAACAAGGAAGCUCUCCACUACGCUGAACGACUUGCGUGUCACAUAGUCUCCAUGGCAACAGAAAUGGAUACCCUGGGAGGUGUUGAGGGGGAGGAGAGGGAGUUGAGCAGGGGCGGCGAGAGGAGGAGAGACAGUGUCGCUCAGUUCUCCGAGCAGACCCUAAACACCCUGUGGGUGUAUGCUGGCGAGGUGGCAGGAGAGGUCAUAAACGACGUGAAGAGGAUGGUGGGCUCCGGACAGCAGUGCCCGUACCACCGAGCGCUCGGGAGAAGAAGGAGUUUAGACAGAUCCAGCUCCGAGAGUUUGCAUCACCACAGCCGACACCAGUCUCAUCCCAACACAGAGCAGGUCAGAGACUGGAGGUUGGGGAGGCUGACCGAGCAGUGGUCGAACGACUCUAUAGCCUCCGUGUCCAGUUCUCCCACCUCGGCUUCAAGCACCGUCUCCAGCUCCAGCUCGGGACUGUCGUCCGAGUACCCCAGCUGUGAAAGCGUGACCGACGAAUACGCUGGCUACCUCAUCAAGGUGCUGAAAAAGGAAGGGGGCAGUAGAGAGUUGGUCCUGGACCAGUAUGCGAGCCGCUUGGCUUACCGUUCCAUUAAACUAGGUCUGGCGCACGCCAGUCGUAAGAUCAAGCAGCGAUCCGCAGGUGCCCGCCUUCACUCUUCGAAGUCUUUGCCAGAUGAAUGGAAAGCUUCAGGUAGUGAAUCCGCAUCACCCAAAGACAGACCGGAGUCAGUGGGGUUGUCUGGGGAUGACGUCCAGUGUUCUUGCAGGCACUCUGAAGGGCAAAGGAAGAGGGAAUACAUGGAUUUGGUUAACUUUGCCGAGUCAUUAGCCUACAAUAUCACCUGUGAUGUGACGCGCAAGCUCCAUCUGUCCUCUGUCCGACUCCCAAAGUCGCUCACCGACUCAUGCCUUUAUAAGAAGUCCAAGCUUGAAAACAUGGCAGAUAGUCUAGUUAGGAACUCCUUCUCCUGUCCUCUGUUGUCUAAGGAGGACAAGAGCAGGCAGUACCACAGUACAGGAAGCCUGUACGAUGGAGGUUACAGCAGCAGUGUUAUGCAGGUCAUUGAGCACUAUGCCAGGAAGAUAGUGGAUGACACACUCAAGAUGAGCUUGGCUUCAGUCGGCAACUCUUCCUGGGAGCACCUGCGGACGCAAGGCCAAGACAGACACUCUCACACCCAGAGGCUGUCUGAGGGGCCAGCGGGAGCUCGCGCUAUGGGGGAGAGGACCUGCCGCUACUGUCUGGUUCAGGAGUGUCCACACUGCACCAAACUGCGGCAUCACCACGACCAGCCGGUCUUACAGAGGAGGAAAAGGGGGGCGGACGGUCGGCGGCUCUCCGGCGUGGAGAUUCCCAAGAUCCACAUCGACCUGGACCACAGGAACGCAUUUGCGGAGGAGAUGGUGUCAAUCGCCAUGGAGAAAGCCAAGCGGGAGCUGAGCAACACCAGCCUCAACGCCGACAGCGGCAUCGGCCACGAGGGCACCAGCUACGCCGAGAGCUUAACUGCCGAGAUCAUGACGUCAGCGCUGUCCAACAUCUGCCAGGCUGCCAGCGUCAGCUCUGCGGGUAGGGAGGCCACCGAGUCCACCGUCUCCCAGCAGCUCAGCGUUGGAGACGACAGUCUGGGCAGCUGGUCCAACUUGAGCUUUGAAGACGAUCACCCAGACGACAACAGCAGCUUCCUCCAUCUGAGUGACAGCAAUGGGAACAGCAGUAGCUGGAGCAGUCUGGGCCUGGAGGGGGAGGUUUGUGAGGAGCGCAUGUCAUUUUCCCCCUCUGACAGGUUGGUCCACGGCGGGCAGUUUCUCUCCUCUCUAACUGUGGGGUAUUCCUUAUCCAUCAGUGACUAUACAGACGACAAGGAGACCGAAGUCAAAGAGGAGUCCAGCGGGACCCUAAGUAUGGACAGGACCCAGGUGCAGACUCCCAGGACCGCCCUCCUCAUCGUGAACUCGGACGUCCGGGAGUUCAGGCGGGGCUCUCAACACGUGACCCUCGACCCCCAGCUCCGAAGCAUGCUGCAGUGGGUGGCAGCCUCCAUGGCCGACAUCCCUCAGAUCCAGCUGAGUCCCGACCGAGAGCUGCAGCAGCUGCCGGCGGUGGUCCAGAGGCUCCGGGAGCGGAAGUGGAGGGUGGGCGACCUGCUGCACACGCUGCUCCGUUACUGCGAGGAGAGCCAGACGCACAGCCACCCCCCCGCCCGGCCGGAGGCCCCCCCCGCGGGCAGAGAUCCUCACCGCACCCCUCUCUUCCAGUGGCUGCUGGAGCACGCUUAGGGCUUCUCGUUUUUUUUUUUUUUUUUUCUUCUCGUC